CACAGUUCCUUGGCAAACAGCAUUUCCUGCAGUCAUACGUUAAGAAUAAAAAAACAAAAAACAAUUGUUUUUCUAGUGCUUAUAAUUUGUUAUUAAUAUAAUGAGUUCUAUUCGCAAGAAACUGGUAAUUGUGGGCGAUGGGGCAUGUGGCAAGACCUGCCUGUUAACCGUCUUUUGUAAAGACAAUUUCCCCUUGGAUUAUGUGCCGACAGUAUUCGAAACAUAUGUUGCGGAUGUGGAAGUUGAAGGAUCACAGGUGGAAUUGGCGCUGUGGGACACAGCCGGGCAGGAGGAUUACGAUCGCUUGCGGCUUUUAAGCUAUCCCGAUACGGAUGUGAUUGUCAUGUGCUUCUCCAUCGAUCUGCCGGACUCGUUGGAAAAUAUACAAGAUAAAUGGAUACCCGAAGUAACACACUUCUGUCCAAACGUUCCCAUCAUUUUGGUUGGCAACAAACGCGACUUGCGCAAUGAUCCUGACACCAUAAAGGAACUAUCCAUGCAAAAGCAGCACACGGUCACAGCUGACGAGGGUCUUACCAUGGCCGAAAUAGUCAAUGCAUUUGCAUAUCUCGAAUGCUCGGCCAAAAUGCAGGAGGGUGUGCGCGAAGUUUUCGAAACUGCGACCAGAGCCUCCUUACAGGUGAACAAGAAGAAGAAGCGAGCGAGAUGUUUGCAAUUAUCGUGUGGACUACUCUAACAAUAUUAUUAUUAUUAUUGAAACUUUCACGUUUGCAUGCGAUUUAACAAAAAAAAAGCUGCUUUGCAUUCAC